AUGUUCCAGCUGCCGACGCUGAGCUUCAGCCCCCAGCAGGUGGCCGGGGUGUGCGAGACGCUGGAGGAGAGCGGCGACGUGGAGCGGCUGGGGCGCUUCCUGUGGUCGCUGCCCGUGGCCCCCGCGGCCUGCGAGGCGCUGGACCGCAACGAGUCGGUGCUGCGCGCGCGCGCCGUGGUGGCCUUCCACGGCGGCCACUACCGCGAGCUCUACCGCAUCCUGGAGGGCCACAAGUUCGCCAAGGACUCGCACGCCAAGCUGCAGGCGCUGUGGCUCGAGGCGCACUACCAGGAGGCCGAGAAGCUGCGCGGCCGCCCGCUCGGGCCGGUGGACAAGUACCGCGUGCGCAAGAAGUUCCCGCUGCCGCGCACCAUCUGGGACGGCGAGCACAAGACGCACUGCUUCAAGGAGCGCACGCGCCACCUGCUGCGCGAGUGGUACCUGCAGGACCCCUACCCCAACCCCGGCAAGAAGCGCGAGCUGGCGCAGGCCACCGGCCUCACGCCCACGCAGGUCGGCAACUGGUUCAAGAACCGCCGCCAGCGCGACCGCGCCGCCGCCGCCAAGAACAGACUGCAGCAGCAGGUUCUGUCGCAAGGCUCAGGGCGCGGGCUUCGGGCCGAGGAAGAAAGCACCCCGGAGGCGCUGGGCACGGCCGCGAGUCCCGCGGCCAGCCUGUCCAGCAAGGCGGCCACCUCGGCCAUCUCCAUCACGUCCAGCGACAGCGAGUGUGACAUCUGA